AUGGUUGUGUUGCCCUCGCCCUUUGGCGAGAUUCCCCGCAUUCCGUUGAUGCAUGAUCGUCCCUCAGACAUCGAAUAUCUCAAGAGGCUUACAGAGAAGCUUGCAUGCGGUACUGAGAUCUGGAUGAAGCGGGAUGACUGCAAUUCCGGCCUGGCCUUCGGCGGCAACAAGAUUCGCAAACUGGAAUAUGUUUUGGCUGAUGCCGUUGCUCAAGGUGCAGACACCCUCGUGACAACGGGUGGGGUUCAAUCCAACCACAUGCGACAGACCAGUGCUGCUGCUGCACGCCUUGGGAUGGGUGUCGCUCUAUACCCACGCGACGCCGUCGCAUCGACUGAACCCGAGUAUGCAUAUGCUGGAAAUGUCCAAGUGGCUCAGAUUCUGGGAGCGGAAACAUUCCCUGUGGGUACCACGGAGGAAAAGGUCUUGGAAAUACUGAAGAGUCGCGGCAAAAAGCCAUAUUCAAUUCCUCCUGGCGCCAGCCUGCAUCCUCUGGGAGGCCUGGGUUAUGCUCGAUGUGCAUUUGAGAUACUUGAGCAGGAGAAGCAACUUGGUGUGCCAUUCGAUGUCGUCAUUACUGCGAGUGGCUCUGGUUCUACACUUGGAGGACUGGUCGUGGGCUUCAAGCUUGCCCAGAAAAUGGGACUACUGAAGUCGAGGAAACGUUUGAUUGGCUUUUCCAUUCUGCGCAAGCAGAGCGAGGUUGUUGAGCUCGUUCUCCGCAUCGCAAAAACUGCUGCUAACCAUGUCGGCCUUGACGCAAACGACAUCACAUCAGAUGAUUUCGAGAUUACCGAUAGUUAUCUCGGAGGGGGUUAUGGGUUAUUGGAUACCAGUACAACCGAAGGUAUAAAGGAACUUGCGAGGACGGAGGGGAUCUUAGUUGAUCCAGUUUAUACUGGCAAGGCUUUCACCGGUCUGCUUGACAUGGCAAGAGGCGGCAAAUUCGGCCGUCGUAAUGUACUCUUCUGCCACACUGGGGGCCAAGUAGCAAUGAGUGCCUAUCCUCAAUUAAAAUAG